CAUAUGGAGCUUGACCAAGGUGGAUAAUCGGGAUCAAAGCCAUGUUAUUCUCAACGUUAUCUAAUAGGUGUUGCGUGCCUGUUAGUGUGUUAUUUAGCUUUGUGGUGAAAAGGCGAGUAGGCAGUUUUAGUAAGAUUGUCCGCUGGUAUAGACAGUUUUGGGAGCCGAAAAAAUACUUACCACCGUAUUCUCACGUUUGUCAAAUAGGGGACCCGGUCUUACGCCAUGAAGCACAACCAGUGGAAGCGAGUGAUAUCUGCUCGGUUAGAAUUCAGAAGGUUAUCCACUGCCUGAGAGAGGUGCUGCUCAAGUACGAUGCUGUCGGGUUAUCUGCCCCGCAGAUCGGAGUUGCGCUGCAGAUAUUCAUCGUACAGUUCACAGAAGCACACAAGCGUCAAUUCACUUCCGACACGCUCAAGUUGCGGGAGAUGACUACAGUCCCGCUCAAGGUGUUUGUCAACCCCAAGAUGAAGGUCCUGGACUACGAGAGAGUGGUGUUCCCAGAGGCCUGCGAGAGCAUCAGGGGCUUCCACGCCGAUGUGCCCAGAUACCGCUCCGUCGUCAUCUCAGGUACGGACGAGACUGGCCGCGCUGUGUCGUGGCAUGCGAGCGGGUGGCCCGCGCGCAUCGCACAACAUGAGAUGGACCAUCUGAGGGGCCGGCUGUACAGCGAUGUGAUGAUCUGCACAUCUCUGAGCUGCGGGUGCUGGCAGGAGGUGAACGCGACGGGCGGCCGGCUGCACAUACCCUUCACUCCGAGGAAGGGAGCCACGCGCCUCCUGUUGCGACAGGCCACGUGACGUAGCUUCGGCCGUCACCGCUUCCUCAACUCCCAUUUUUGUGUGUGCUUCCACUGUUUGAAUAAAUAUCUGGUGUUAUGAAUGAAA